GCAGUUUUACGACAGAGACUGCGGUGCUUACAACAUAGUUACAAGCAAACACAUCUCAUUAUAACAGCCCGACACCAUAUCCACCAUGAAUUACAAGAUGACACCAACUAUCGUUUUAAUCGCAUCCUUUCUGGUGGUCAAGGCCACAGCUGGCACCCUGGAUCGUGAGCAGCUCCUGGAAUACAACCGGACCAAGAACUGGGUCUCCCUGCACUCGUACCUGAGCGGGGCGCUGGAAGACACCAACCCCAUGGCUUACGAGCAGGUGCAAGCGAUCUCGCGGUACGUCACCAACCCGAUGUACCUGAUCGGCUGGAGAGGCUACGACUACCUGGCGGAGGAGCUGGCGAUCCCCGAGGGCUGCGCAGACAUCACGGACAGCUCAGGCCACGCCGUGCUGCACGGCGCCGCGCUCGCCAACCACGUCAUCAGCGCCAGUCUGCAGCUGGCGCGCGGUGCUGACAGCGAGGUGAAGGACAGCGACGGCAACUGGCUGAUGGCUGAAUGGCUGUGGAAUCACGGAGCUCGCGAUCUCUCAGGGUCGUCGCUUCAGGACUUGGCUCAGCCGGCCAGUGGAACCCAACACUGCCUCACAUCGAGUUAGUUCUGCGCACGUGUGACGCAAAAUAUCUGUCAGCAUUCGCUACCUUUCGAUAACCGUACUACGUUUGUUUUCUCAGUAAGAAUUUCUGUUUUUGUUUUUAAGGAAACAUUGUUUUUUGUUUUAUAGUUUAGUUAAAUAUGUUACAUCAUUAACUUA